UAUAAAGGCAGAAGAUAUAGAGGGAGAAGAAGAGACGUAUGUGACUGAUAUGAAGGCAGAAGAUAUAGAGGGAGAAGAAGAGAUGUAUGUGAGGGGUGAUCAGCAGUGUAAGGAGGAGGAGAUCCCUACAGAUAUCAGCACAGAUGGACCCACAAGCAGGAAUAUCUCAGAAGGACAUCUAAUGUUAUCCCCGGAUUGUGACAUAAAAGAUAAUGACAGCAGACAGGAUUCUCCAGGAGAUAAUCCCAUUACCCCAAUUAUACAUCCAGCUCUAUCAGCUGAUCCCUCUGAUCCUGGGAAAUGUUCUCCUGAUCACUCUGAUAUUGGUGCAUCUGUUACAGCUCUGAGAGUAGAUACAGUGUUUCCCUGUUCUAUAGAUGCCAAAUGUUUUACACAGAACACAAAGCUUAUUACCCAUCUGGCAGCUAAGGCAGGUGAGAAGCCACUGAUAUGUUCUGAGUGUGGGAAAUGUUUUACCUGCAAAUCACAACUUGUUUCACAUCAGUGCAGUCACAAAGGUCAGAAGCCAUUUCCAUGUUCUGAGUGUGGGAAAUGUUUUACAGAGAAAUCACAUCUUGUUACACAUCAGAGACGUCACACAGGUGAGAACCUAUUACCAUGUUCUGAGUGUGGGAAAUGUUUUGCCCGGAAAUCAGAACUUGUUAGACAUCAGCGAAGUCACACAGGUGAGAAGCCAUUUUCUUGCUCGGAGUGUGGGAAAUGUUUUGCCCAGAAAUCAAAACUUGUUAUACAUCAGCGAAGUCACACAGGUGAGAAGCCAUUUUCUUGCUCGGAGUGUGGGAAAUGUUUUGCCCAGAAAUCAAAACUUGUUAUACAUCAGCGAAGUCACACGGGUGAGAAUCCAAUUUCUUGCACUGAGUGUGGGAAAUGUUUUACACGGAAAUCACAACUUGUUAAACAUCAGAGAAGUCACACAGGUGAGAAGCCAUUUGCAUGUUCUGAGUGUGGGAAAUGUUUUACAGAGAAAUCACAUCUUGUUACACAUCAGAGACGUCACACAGGUGAGAACCUAUUACCAUGUUCUGAGUGUGGGAAAUGUUUUACACUGAAAUCACAUCUUGUUACACAUCAGCGAAAUCACACUAGUGAAAAGCCAUUUCCAUGUUCUGAGUGCGGGAAAUGUUUCACCCGGAAAUCACAACUUGUUAAACAUCAGCGAAGUCACACAGGUGAGACUCCAUUUCCAUGUUCUGAGUGUGGGAAAUGUUUUACAUACAAAUCACUUCUUGUAAUACAUAAGAGAAUACAUACAGGUGAGAAACCAUAUUCCUGUUCUGAGUGUGGGAAAUGUUUUACAUACAAAUCAACUCUUGAUGCACAUAAGAGAAGUCACACAGGUAUAUCACCAUUUCCAUGUUCUGAGUGUGGGAAAUAUUUUGCACAGAAAUCACAACUUGCUAGACAUCAAAGAAUUCACACAGGUGAGAGGCCAUUUCCAUGUUCUGACUGUGGAAAAUGUUUUGCACAGAAAUCACAUCUUUUUGCACAUCAGCAAAGUCACACAGCUGAGAAGCCAUUUCCAUGUCAUGAGUGUGGGAAAUGUUUUACACACAAAUCAGAUCUGGUUAGUCAUAACAAAAGUCACACAGGUGAGAAGGCAUUUUCUUGCUCUGAGUGUGGGAAAUGUUUUGCCCGGAAAUCAGAACUUGUUAGACAUCAGCGAAGUCACACAGGUGAGAAGCCAUUUCCAUGUCAUGAGUGUGGGAAAUGUUUUACACACAAAUCAGAUCUGGUUAGUCAUAACAAAAGUCACACAGGUGAGAAGGCAUUUUCUUGCUCGGAGUGUGGGAAAUGUUUUGCCCAGAAAUCAAAACUUGUUAUACAUCAGCGAAGUCACACAGGUGAGAGGCCAUUUCCAUGUCCUGAGUGUGGGAAAUGUUUUGCACACAAAUCAGAUCUUGUUAGUCAUAACCGAAGUCACACGGGUGAGAAUCCAAUUUCUUGCACUGAGUGUGGGAAAUGUUUUACACGGAAAUCACAACUUGUUAAACAUCAGAGAAGUCACACAGGUGAGAAGCCAUUUGCAUGUUCUGAGUGUGAGAAAUGUUUUGCACACAAAUCAGAUCUUGUUAUACAUCACAGAAGUCACACAGGUGAGAAGCCAUUUUUUUGCUCUGAGUGUGGGAAAUGUUUUACACAGAAAUCACAUCUUGUUAGACAUCAGCAAAGUCACACAGGUGAGAAUCCAUUUCCAUGCUCUGAGUGUGGGAAAGGUUUUGCACACAAAUCAGCUCUUGUUAUACAUCACAGAAAUCACACAGGUGAGAAGCCAUUUCAAUGUUCUGAGUGUGGGAAAUGUUUUACACAGAAAUCACAACUUGUUACACACCAGAGAAGACACACAGGUGAGAAGCCAUUUUAAUCUUCUGGAGUAUACUUAUCAUUGCCAUGUGUUGUUCUUCAAGGUUCUUAUCAUCUCCUAUACUUUUUGCAAUACACAUGUUACCACAGUGUGAAAUAAUCAGGUGUCAUGCCCUCAUCUACCACUGCUAUGCAGAUGACCUGUCUUUUGCUCUGGGUACUGAGAACCCAGCACCAAUCCUAAAUGUCUAGCUGAGCUCCAGGUGUGGGUGAUGCCAGUUCGCUGUGACUCAGUCCUGGUGAAACAGGUCCUUAUGAAAGAAGCUCACCAACAAAGGGCAGGGCUACAGCUCAGCUUUGCUACCAGCCAGACUUACGCUUGGGGGUUCAGAAUUACAAAAUGCUGGUCAUGUGCAGAAUAUUAGUGUCCUGGAUGGUGGAGUGACACCAUUAGACAUCCGGUAUCAGCCAGAAUCAGAUCCUCAUAUGUGGACCAUAGCCAGACUCCAGCACUUAAUUCCCUCAGAAGAUCUACCUGAUGUCGUACAUGCACUUGUAUCAUCUCAUAUAGACUACUGCAAUGUCAUCUACCUGGGUCUCCCAGCAGAAGAAUUGCACCAGUUGUAGCAUGUACAGAAUGCAGCAGCCAGGCUGUUACCUAACUAGCCCGUUCCUGCCACAUAACACCCAUUCUCUGGUCCCUGCACCGGCUGCCUGUAAGAUGGUGACUGGGCCUAAUUCAGGUUGGAUCGCAGUGUGUGAUCCAAAUGGAAUUCUGAAAAAGUUGCGGGCGCAUCCACUGCACCCAUCCUGUGCAUGCGCCCGCAUUUUCUGCGGAGGGGCCACAGAAAAUGUGAUUGCCUGUCAGGCAGAGGCGGUCACGAGGGUUGGUGGGCAAUGCUCCAUUUCCAGGGAGGUGCGAAUCGGUGCGGGGGCAGUGUAGCGCGAACAGAGGGCAAAGGCGGACAAACGGACAUCAUCAUGGUGGCUUUGUGACAUGCAGCCGCUGUAUUCGAGAAGAAUGUGUCGGGCCUCCUGCGGGCGCAACUGAGCUGCAGCAGGAGGCUUCACUAACUUCUACGAUGAAGCAGAAAUUGUGAGGCAAUCGCAUUUUCUGCUUCAUCAGGGGGGAGGCGGCGGUCAGCAUGCUGGGUGGCCUUGCCCUGUGAUGGGCGGCCCCUAGCGCGCUAGGAAAAGGAUUGCUAAUUCUACUAAAUAGCAGCAUCUGCAAUCCUUACUGAAUUAAACCAGCUAUUAAAUAAUCUUACUGACUCUCCCAGCCUUGCAUGACCACGGUACCAGAAGCAGCUUCUGCCUCCGUACUGCCCAAGCUUCUUCCAUCUGUUGAUGAAGGACUUAGCAGUACCAUAGAUUCCCAAGCAGUGCUUAGAUGUCGGGGAGACAGGGUGGGUGGCAGUAGUGCAGUAGCGGGGGCUGCUGUAGGCAGUGUCUAUGUGAGUAAACGUCCCCAAGCAGCGCUGAGGUGUCAGAGCAGGGAGACAGGGUGGGUGGUAGUGGAGUCAUGGGGUGGAUGGCAG